AUGGCGGAAAGAAUCGUCAAGGAGAGGGUGGCAGACAUGGAGCUGAGGAGCCUGGACAUCCUUCUAAGCAGACAUGAACAGCCCUCACCUUUCUGCCUCUCGCAUAACUGGCUAGGAAGUGUCCAGGAACCCCAGGCCGAGCAGAAACUGACAGAAGUGGACCCGAUCAGCCUGAGCAUCCUUCUAAGCAGACAUGAACAGUCCUUUCCUUUUUGCCUCCCGCUUAACUUGGUGUGGGCCCCCAGCGAGUACGGGACCAGCUCUGAGCAAGUCUUCUACUGCAUCGCCCACCUCACCCGCAGGCAGCAGGAUGUGCUGUGGGUGGUGGCCGUGACCUUGGCAGGACGCAGCAACAUCAGUGCAAAGGUCACUGGGAAAGCCCAGAUCAUCUUCUUCGGCGGCACCAUCACCAUUCUGUGGAUGAAGGACGUGAGGCUGCCGUGCAGUGCGGUUGGGGAGCCGGCCCCUGUCAUGAAAUGGACCAAGGACAGGUAA